AUGGGGUACUCUCCCAAAUCCCGCGUGAACGACCUCUUGGGCGGCGUCACGACGCGCCCGCAGCGCAAGGGGCGCUCGCGCCGCUUGGGCCUGGUCAUGCUCUGGCUGGCAGCGGCGGUCGCCAUAACCGGUGUUUACCACUUUGAAACAGUCUACCGCGUCACUGGAAAGGCCGGCACCUGGAAGCCGCACGGCGGCAGCGGCAGCAGCAGCGCCGCAGUGAGCGACCUCUCAUCGAUGGCGGAACGCGGCGCCAGGGGCAGCGCAGACGCCGCCGACGGCAGCGGAAACCGUGCCAUCGAUCUCGCAGAAAUUGUGGGCGAGCAGGCUGAUGCAGGCAGCAUAACUGAAGAGGAGCCCACCUUUGAGGCUGUAGAUGUUGCCAGCACCGAAGAGGCUGCAGUACCGGAGCCGGCAGCUGCGGCCGUGGGAAGGCGGCUGCCGCCCAUCCCGCCCCGCGCCCUGAUGCUGGCGUCGCACAGCCGCCUGCUGUGGUACGACCCCGUCACCGACGAGUCUGUUGUCAUCCACGAGGGCGAGGGUGUUCAUUACGGCAUGUUCCCUGGGGCGGGCUCUCCCGCCACCAGCGUGUGGACUGCCGUGCGGCCCCACAACUGGCGCCCCACCACCAGCCAGGAGUACCUGGUGGAGUUUGACCUGCAGACAGGUGCCGAGCUGCGGCGCAUGCAGACGCCGUCGCGCUUCACGCAUGACGUGGUGCGGUCUGGCGACAGGGUGUACGUGUGCGACACCGGGAACGGCCAGAUCCUGGAGUACCACUUCCCCUCGAUGACGCUGCUGCGCAAGAUGGCGCUGUUCACGCUCAAGGACCACGCCAACACACUGGCGCCCUUCCAGGCCAACGAGACGCUGGUUGUCCUGCACAACCUCGGAUCGAGCGACAUCGUACGCGUCGACACGACUAAGGAGCCUGCCGAGAUCAUCGGCCGCGUCCAAGGCGUCGGCAAGAAGGCCCACGGCCUGGUCAAGUGGCACGGCGCCUACAUCCUCCUCGACUCAGACAAUGGAGCCCUGUCCACUGUGAGGCUCGGGGCCGGUGGCGCCAAGGUCACGCGGCUGUGGAAGGCGCCGGAGCCCAACAGGUUCCUCAAGGGCCUCACAGUGGUGGAUGACGUGGCGUACUUUGGCAUUUCAGAGUGGGCCCCCCGCGACGCCCGCGACGACCCCCGCACCAACUGCCAGCUGGCGGCGUUUGAUCUGCUGGCGAACAAGCUGCUGUGGCGCCGGGAGGUCCCCACUGCCGGCCUGCUCAACAUCGUCGGUGCGCCCCACUUGGCAGAGGACAGCACCUACCGCGCAGCAUACACGCCGAAGCGAGCCAAGAGCUACCGCACAGACAAGUCAGAUGCGGUGGUUGCGGCCGCCCUCGAGUCUCAGGAGGCGAUGGGGUACUCGCCAAAGGUUGGCGGUUACUGGAGCAACGGCAUGCCGUUCCUGGACGUGGCAGUCAAGGCGACUCCCACACCCUGGACGGGGGGCCUGCAGGUACCUCUUAUGCACCUCGACGUGUCCGAGGCAAAGGAGUUCCUGACCUCGAUGCCCCCCGAGGUCUGGACGCACGAGUACCAGGCCACCCACUCCGCCGCGAUGGGCGGCCGCGACACCAACAUGAACGCGUUCAAGCCAGGCGUGCAGGGCAUCACGCUGCUCUUCAGCGCCGGGUCCGGGGAGGGGCCGGUCUUCGAAUUCCCGCUGUACAAGAAGUUCGCGGCGGUGCUGGAGCCCCUGAUUGAGGAGAUGAUAGGCGCGCCCGACAUGGCGAAUAUCAUCCGCCUGCAGCUCGCCCUAAUGAAGCCCAAGGUCUCAGACAUCCGCAUCCACGUGGACACCGGCGGCUAUGCCACCUAUGCCCACCGCCUGCACAUACCGCUGAUGACUAACCCCGGCGUGAACUUUGACCUGUGCCCCUUCAAGGACGAGGCCAAGACGCAGCAGGUGUGCUACAAGGUCCCCACGGGCGAGGGCUUUGCAUUCGAGCUCAACAACAAGGUGCCCCACCGCGUGGCCAACACUGGCGAUGAGGAGCGCGUGCACCUCGUCGUCGACAUCGCCGAGGUCCCUCGGACGCGCAUUACCUUGGAGCCCGGCACGAUCUGCAGCUACGACGUGAACAAGGGGCUGUUCUGCGGCGAGCACGGCCCCGACAGCAUCCCUGCGUCAGUGCCGUCCAUCAUCCCUCCUGCCGCCGCGGCCGCCGCUGCUGCCGCCGCCGCCGCCAGGUCGUCGGCGGCCCAAGCGCCAGUAAGCGGCGGCCAGCAGGCGCGGCAGCUGGCGCCGGCGCUCGCGGUAUCAAGGGCAGCUGCGGCGCCGGCGGCGCGGGACGGGGCCGCGGGGCCCCAGAGGCCGGCGAUCGAGCAGGACGACCCCAGGCUGGUACCUGGCGCAGUGAGGAGCGGCCGCGCCAUCGGUGCUGCCGCGCCCACGGCCAGCUUAGGUGCGAAUGAGGCGGCGAUGAGGGCACGUGCACAGCUGCUGCGGCAGCAGCUGCUGGAGGCGCAGCUGGCGCGAGUGGCGGGCGAGCAGCGUGUGGGUUGA